UUAUGUAUUUUGCACUUCUUUCUAUCUCUCAUUCUUCUUCUGUUUUUACAGGCAGGAAAUCUCCAUUUUUGGGUUUUAUUUGCAAAGCAAACGGCAAAUCCACAUCGAAUAGCAAAGAAAUCAUCUGUCCGGAUGACAAAUACAAAGAGGAGGGCGACAUCUGGAAUGUUGAGGCGCAAACCGCAUUUCUCGGGCCCAAUCUGUGGGACAAAACCUUGCCCUACGAUGCGGACCUCAAGGUAACACAAUAUGCGGACUUGGACGAGUUCUUGUCGGAGAACAAUAUACCCGACGGCCUGCCGGGCACCCAUUUGGGCCAUGCCGGCGGUCUCGGCCAUCGAUCCGAUUCCCUGAGCCAUGCAGCUGGCCUGUCCCUGGGUCUGGGGCACAUAACCACAAAGCGCGAGCGAUCGCCAUCGCCAUCGGAUUGCAUUAGUCCCGAUACGCUAAAUCCGCCAUCGCCGGCCGAAUCAACAUUUUCAUUCGCAUCGUCGGGGCGGGACUUUGAUCCGCGCACCAGAGCAUUCUCCGACGAAGAGCUCAAACCGCAGCCGAUGAUUAAAAAGUCACGCAAACAAUUUGUUCCAGAUGAGCUCAAGGACGACAAAUACUGGGCCCGACGACGAAAGAACAACAUCGCUGCCAAACGGUCCAGAGAUGCACGUCGCCAGAAGGAGAACCAGAUUGCGAUGCGUGCACGCUAUUUGGAAAAGGAAAAUGCCACGUUACAUCAGGAGGUCGAGCAGCUAAAACAGGAGAACAUGGACUUGCGUGCACGUCUAUCGAAAUUCCAGGAUGUGUAAUGAAAAUUAUAUAACAAAUAAAAUAUAUAAUA